GGGUGUCGUUCGGCGACUGUGGAAUAGCGCCAUGGGUGUUUUCAGCUCGGUGUUCGUUGCUAUCAUUGCCUUGGUUGCGCUCGUCUACUUCUAUCUACGCCAGAAGCAUGCCUUCUGGAGGAAACGUGGUUUUCCGUGUAAACCAAACCCAAAGCUGCUGACCGGACACCUGGAUCCGUCCGUGCACGGUUCGUACGUCAAUCAGGAGCUGUACCACUAUGCGAAAGGACGUGGCGAUCGGUUCAUUGGGAUCAGCUUUUUCUUCAUGCCGCUGCUGGUGCUUUGCGAUUUGGAUCUCAUCAAAACGAUCCUUGUGAAGGACUUUGCGGUGUUCCAUGAUCGCGGUAUGUACAACAACCCAGAGGCGGAUCCACUGUCGGGCCAUCUGUUCUCGCUCGAUGGUCCGGAAUGGCGUACGCUGCGCCAGAAGCUAACACCGACGUUUACCUCGGGCCGAAUGAAGCAAAUGUUCGGCACAAUGCUGCUGGUAGCGGAUCGGUUACGUGAGGUACUUGGUGCAGCUGACCAGAAAACGUCCUUUUCGGCCGGACGAGAGAUGAAAGAUGUGCUGGCACGCUUCACCACCGACAUCAUCGGUACGUGUGCCUUUGGCAUCGAGUGCAACUCGCUGGCCGAUCCGGAUUCGGAGUUUCUACGUUACGGCAAUAAGGUGUUCCAGAGCAAGUUGAGCACGAUGAUAAAGUUCAUCUUUAUCAUGAUGUACAAGGAAACGGCCAAACGGCUGGGCAUUAAGGGCACAGAGGAUGACGUUGAAGCGUUUUUCAUGAAUCUGGUCCGCGAGACGGUCGAGUAUCGGGAGAAACACAAUGUUCAGCGGAACGAUUUCUUGAAUCUGUUGCUGGAAAUCAAGAACAAGGGAACCCUGUCUGAGCCUGAACACGAUGAUUCGGCUGGAGGUGAUGCUAGUGUGACCGUUACCGAGCAUGGUAUGACGAUCAAUGAGCUAACGGCGCAGGUGUUUAUCUUCUUCAUCGCCGGUUUCGAGACGUCCUCCACUACGAUGAACUUCUGUCUGUACGAGCUGGCCAAGAGUCCGGAUAUUCAGCAACGACUUCGUGAGGAAAUCAACAGUGCAAUCGAAGCGAAUGGAGGUCAACUGACGUACGAUGUGGCGAUGAACAUAGCCUACCUCGAUCAAGUCAUCAAUGAGACGCUUCGUAAAUAUCCACCACUCGAGUCCGUUAAUCGAUCUCCGAUACGGGAUUAUACCAUUCCCGGUACGACGCACGUUAUUCCGCGUGGUGUUCUGGUGGAGGUGCCCAUCUACGCCAUCCACCACGAUCCCGAGUACUAUCCCGAGCCGGAGCGUUUCGAUCCGGAACGUUUCACGGAGGAAGCGGUAAAGAAGCGUGUCCCGUACACGUUCUUACCGUUCGGUGAGGGUCCGCGGAUUUGCAUCGGAAUGCGCUUUGGAAUGAUGCAGGUAAAGGUGGGUCUCAUUACGAUGCUGCGUGAUUUCCGGUUUCAUCCCAGCAGCCAAACGCCGGAUCGAAUCACCUUCGACAAGAACAUAGCCAUCCUGUCGCCCUCGAAGGGAAACUAUCUGCAUAUCGAGAAGUUGUGAGGGAGUCUGCUGCUAACCAGCCUAUCGUGAGCGUGGCUUUUAAUGUGUAUCAGCUCAAUGUAUUUUAAUGGAAAACAUGCGCAACGAAUUGAUUCAAUGUUUCGAAAUCAUCCCUCGGUUAGUCAGCCGUGCAUUGCUUAUCGAUGUUUCCAAAUAAGGCAAGAAAUUUAUCAGCUUGUGAUAUCAGAGGAACGAGCAACCGAUUACUGCAGUGUCAUCAGCCACCUUCUGCUUAACAACGAUGGUUUAUAGUAGUCGGCAAUGUAGAUAACAGUUCGCUUCCAUAUAAGACACGCACACCGUAUUAAAAACGUGUCCUAGGUCAGGAACGUGGCCGCGCUUACAAAGGGGGAAUGAUCCAGUUUAUCAGUGUGUAUAUAGCCCACCCCCACCUCCAUCCACACUCCACCCCCCUCCCCCCUCCCCUUCUCCACCACAAGAGAGGGAGUGGU